AUGGACCAACUUGUUACUCUUGAGGACCUAAGGAGGCAAACUCUUGAGAAUUCUUCUUCUCGUGUUCAACCUCCUCGUCUUUGUGGCGGGUGGCAUUAUGACAGGAUUUGGUAUCUACCUCGUGGUUUAGGCAAAAUUGUUCAAUAUGACAGGUGUCAUAAUGGUCUUGGUGGUGGCAUUCUUGGUCAUUGGUUGUCUGAUAUUUGUCACUGGUUUUCUUGGAUGUUUGGGAGCUUGGAAGAAGAGCAAAUGUCUCCUACGACUGUUCUUAUUAUAAUCGUUGAGAUUGCCUGUGGAGUCAUCCUAAUUGUCAAUAAGGAUAAAUUCAAGCCAUUCAUCAGAGAAUUCUUUACAAACGCAAUUGCUGAGAUUGAAAGCAAUCCAAACUCCAGCCUCACAGUCCCAAUUAUUGAACUGCAAGAUUCGCUUGACUGUUGUGGUGCCAAUGGACCAAGUGAUUGGACAAAUCCUGUGAAAUAUUGUUGCGAACCUGGAGAAAUCUGUGUACCUACUUCUCUUCCCGGCUGCGUAGAAAAGAUUGCCCACGAACUGAAGGCAAUCAGCAUUGGUAUUGGAGCCAGUGUUGUGGUUCUGGCCAUAAUUGAAAUUGAAACCAUCGUGGCGGCUCUCAUUCUGGCAAAACAAUCCGAAUAA